CCCGGUCUUCGAUGCAAGCGCUGUUAUGCCUUUUUCAAAAAUCCCGAUCGACUGCGACUGCACAUGCUCUACAUGCACGAAAGAGCUUUUGUGGACAAAGACUUCAUCUGCACAUACUGUAACAAACCCUUUGAGACCCACGAGAAGAUGCAAGAACACAUCACUAUCGACCAUCACACUAAGAAGUUAUUCGAGUGUGCGUAUUGCGAUCUCAAAUUCUCCAAGGCCUGCGAUCGCAAACAACACAUCUACGGCGUUCACCCAGAAAAACCCAAGUUUGUGUGCAACAUUUGUAACAAGCGCUUAAUCACACAGAAGGAGUUUUGUAAACACCGUCGCGAGCACUCUGAAGAACUUGAAAUUCAUGCCUGUGAAUACUGCAGCCAAUUAUUCAACUCCGACGCCGAGGUCCAGGAGCACACUCAAGAAGCCCAUGCUGCUCAUCUGGCGGGAACUUUCACGUGCAAGAAAUGCGGCCUUCCCCUCAGAAGCCAGUGGUUCCUUCAAGUUCACGCUAAGACGAGGCAUCCCCAGGUCCUCAAUCCGCGUCCGCCGGCACACUUUGAUUGCAGAUACUGCAACAAAAAAUUCGUCUCUCAGGCUCACCUUCGCAGUCAUAUUGUCUACUCGCAUAAUGAGCUUGCCAUACAUUCCACGCUUUCGCACUUCUGUCUCCCUUACACUAAUUGUGUCCUCCUCCUCUUCUUCCCGUCCAUACCGCGUCGGCCAGUUCUUAUUGAAGUUAAACGUUUCACGCAAUAG